UUCCUUCCUUCCUUCCUUCCUUCCGUGGAGCCAGCAGGGCAAGGAGAGAGGCGGCAGGGGCAUAGAAACAUUUUGUUCAGCCUGCAUGCAGAGGCAACAGCCCAGCGGCUUGUCGACCAGAAAGAGAAAAAUCUUUGGGAUACUAUUAAAAGAAGAAUUCCUGCACAGCAAUCACGAAAAAGAGUGCCAGUCAUUAAAAAUAUAAACAAAACAUUUCAGAUGUCUGAAAAAACGGAGAAAAAUAGAAGCCCUCUUCAGUCCUGUGAGAAUCUGGAAGUGAAUUCAAACAGAAUUUCACCUAAUGGAAAUUCCUUAAUCAUUUCAGAACAUAACUUUUCUCUUUCCCCUAUUAGUCCCAUCAGUCAGAAAAACCAACAUGUCAUUUAUACUCCCUUAUCAACUACAUAUUCUGUUCCAGAAGUACCAGCAUAUCAUAAGUUAUUAAAUAAUGUAACAGAAACCCCUACUGUUACAACUCUAUAUGAUAAUGUUUUGGGGGAAAACAAAGUAUGCCGACAUAAUAAUAUUAACUCAGCGGAAAUAAAUGCAAAAUCAGUCGGUACGCCAGAACAAUUGAAUAUAUCUUUGAAUUGUAGGAAGAUUUUAAGUCCUGAUUCUUUUAUAAACAAUAGUUAUGAAGUGACAGAAGAUGCAGCUAUAGCAAUGCCUAUUCUUUCACCUGAUCAGUUUUUAAGAGAUAAUCAAAUGGUUAUUCAGCCAAUCUCAGAAUGUAAAACAGUGUCCUUUUCUUCAGAUAUGAAAUCAUGUAUGUCAACAGCAAAAUGUUCAAAACAGAAAGAAAAGAUGCAAGUUUCUUUUUUUAUGGAACCUCAGCUUUCCACCAAAACUCCCAACAAUAUAAAUGAAAGAAAUCCUACAACACGUUGCUAUGAUAAGAUUGAACAAAAUGUCAAAUACAAGGCAAGUGAUCAAGCUUGUUGCCUUCAGAACAGAAAAAGGCCUUUGCUUUCUAGCACCGUUACCAAAACUAAGCCCAACCCUGAAGGAAAAGAAACAAAGAUGUUAGAUCUAAAAUCUAAAAAAAGUCUUUCUAAUGCAAUAGAGCAUUGCAUGGACAUUAGCCCUAAAAAUGCAGACCUGGACACAUUGCCAAGACUUCCAGUUAUAGAAAGUGUUUCAAAUGAAACUAAAUGUAUCAAAGAUAAAGCCAGAUUCAUUUAUUUGGAAUCCUCUCAUAAUCGUAAAAGAAAAAGUGGAGAGUAUUUAGAGGAUGUUAAGAAUGGAAGAGAAGAAUAUGCAGAAAAUUUAGGAAGGAAAAGAACUCCGAAGUCCUGUGACGGAAUUGGAAGCAAGAGUGCUUUGAAAUUAUCAGUUUCCAAAUCUCAGAAUGGAGAUAAGCAAAAGAAGAGAUGUGGUUCUGCAUCACAGAAAUCUAAAAAAUUUAAAAGGACAAAAAAGGUUGUUCCUGUUGCACAGUCUCAACUGACUUUUGUGAAGCCUUUAAAAACAGAUAUUCCUAGGCACCCAAUGCCCUUUGCAGCAAAGAAUAUGUUUUACGAUGAGCAGUGGAAAGAAAAACAACAACGAGGUUUUACAUGGUGGUUGAAUUUUGUACUUACUCCUGAUGAUUUUACUCUGCAAACAGACGUUUCACAAGUUAAUACAGCAAGUCUCCUCCUGGGAGCAGAGACCUAUAAAACCAGUGUUCCUAAAGCACCAACCAAAGAAGAAGCAUCGCUAAGAUCAUAUACAAUUCGAUGCAAAUUAAACAAACUUCGUAGGUCAGCUUGCCGCUUGUUUACCUGUGAUGAAAUGGUGAAAGCAAUAAAAAGGCUGGAGAUUGAAAUCGAAGCAAAACGUUUGCUGGUUCGAAAAGACAGGCAUCUGUGGAAGGAUAUUGGAGAACGACAGAAAAUCCUCAACUGGCUUUUAUGUUACAAUCCACUGUGGUUGCGCAUAGGCCUAGAAACAAUCUUUGGUGAACUGAUUGCUUUGGAAAGUAACAGUGAUAUGAUGGGUUUGGCAGUAUUUAUACUAAAUCGAUUGUUGUGGAACCCACAAAUAGCCGCUGAAUACCGACACCCAACUGUGCCUCACCUUUAUCGAGAUGGUCAUGAAGAAGCAUUGUCCAAAUUUACACUGAAAAAACUUCUACUACUGGUUUGUUUCCUUGAUCGUGCCAAAGUGUCUCGAAUUAUUGAACACGACCCUUGCUUAUUCUUCAAAAAUGCAGAAUUUAAGUCUAGUAAAGAAAUAUUACUAGCAUUUUCCCGGGACUUUCUAAGUGGAGAAGGUGAUCUUUCACGUCACCUUGGAUUCCUGGGUUUCCCUGUCAAUCACAUACAGACUUCGCUCGAUGAAUUUGACUUUGCUGUUACAAAUUUAGCUACAGACUUACAAUGUGGCAUUCGUCUUGUGAGAACUUUAGAACUGCUGUCAUCGGAUUGGACUCUUUCUGAAAGAUUAAGAGUGCCCGCAAUCAGCAGACUUCAGAAGAUGCAUAAUGUUAAACUUGCUUUUGAGGCAUUGAAUAAUCAUGGAAUUCAAUUGAAAGAUGAACAUGGUUCAACCAUUGACACAAAGGAUAUUGUAGAUCGACAUAGAGAGAAAACAUUUGCUUUGUUAUGGAAAAUAGUAUUUGCUUUUCAGGUGAAUAUUUCUCUUGACGUGGAUCAGCUAAAAGCAGAAAUUGCUUUCUUAAAAAACAUGCAAAUUGCAAAAUUAAAAAGACCUGAUUUGGAAUGUGUUAACAGCAUGGAAAAUGACACCAGCAGGUCUUAUUCAUAUGAAAGCUAUGGAGAAAAUGUAAAACUGCUGAUGGACUGGGUGAAUGUUGUCUGCAGAUUUUACGAUAUUAAGGUGGAAAAUUUCUCAGUGUCUUUUUCAGAUGGAAGAGUGUUAUGUUAUUUGAUUCAUCAUUAUCACCCAUGUCAUGUGCCUUUGGACGCUGUGUGUAAACACACUACUCAAACGGUAGAAUGUACCAGAAGUGGCACUCUUGGGCUGAAUUCCUCUUCUGAGUCGGAUGCUUCUUUAAAUCUCAUAAAGGGAACUUUUGAUCAAAGUAUAAGUACUUCUGUGCUGUAUAAAGAACUCCUUGAUAAUGAGAAGAGAAAUUUUCAACUGAUCAAUGCUGCAGUUUCUGAUCUGGGAGGCAUUCCAGCCAUGAUUCAGCAUUCAGACAUGUCUAAUACAAUUCCUGACGAGAAGGUAGUCAUUAUUUAUGUGUCAUUUCUGUGUUCAAGACUUAUAAGUCUUUCUAAAGAGAUUCGAGCAGCUCAGUUGAUUCAAUCUGCUUGGAGAAAAUACAGAUUGAAAAUACUUGCUGAGACCAAGAAGCACAAAUCUAAUGCUGUAGUUGUACUUCAAAAGCACUGGAGAAGAUAUUUGGCUGCAAUGGAGCUUCAGAAAUUAAAAAAGGCAAAGCAAGAAGAAUCCGAAAGAAUUGCAAUCCAGAGAUGUGAAGAGGCUGCAGUUGUCCUUCAAAGUUGGUACAGGAUGAAGAGAGAGAGGCAGCGGUUUUUAAAAAUGUCUGGAGCUGCCUCUGUCAUUCAAACACGCUAUCGUGCACGUAGAGAACAAAGCUCUCAGAGACAGAGGUUUUUGCAAAUCAAAAAGGCAACUUUACGCUUGCAAGCAAGCUGCAGGGGCUUUAAAGUACGAAGAAUGCUAAGACACCAACACACGGCUGCUACUAAAAUCCAAGCUGCGUACAGGGCUUAUGCUGCCAGGAUGAAGUAUCGACGCUUGAUACAAGCUUCCCUUGUGAUUCAGAAAUGGUUCAGGGCUUCUAAAAGUGGAUCCAAAAUGAGGAAAAGGUUUCAGAAGACCAAAGCGGCUGUGGUUUCCUUACAGGCAGUUUUCCGUGGUUGGCAAGUGAGAAAAUGGCUCCGCAGGCAGCAGGCAGCUGCACUUACUAUUCAAUCUGCCUACAGAACGUAUAAAGCUAUGAAAAAAUUCAGGCGGGUGAGAUCUGCGGCUCUUACUAUACAGCAGCAUUAUAGGGCUCACAUCGCAAGUAGAAAACAGCAACGGGAAUAUCUGGUUCUUUACAAUAGCAUUGUAUUAUUCCAGGCGACUUGGAGAGGAACAGUGGUGAGGAGGCAAAUGAAAAGACAGCGUCAGGCUGCGGUGACAAUUCAGUCUUAUUAUAGGAUGCAUGUGAAUCAAGCUAAGUUUAAACAUUUCAGGGAAGCGGCAGUUACACUCCAGAGAUGGUAUCGUGCUGUUAUUCAAGCCCGUAAUGCACGACAAAGCUAUCUUGCUUUAAAGGAAACAACUGUUAGAAUGCAGGCCAUUUAUCGAGGUUCGAGAGAGAGGCGAAAAAUCCAGCGCGUGAACCAAGCAGUUAUUUGUAUCCAAGCCGUGUUUAAAAUGCAUCGAUGUAAUGUUCAAUAUAGGGCUCUGAAGAGGUCAGCUACUAUAAUCCAAGCACGAUACAGAGCUUUCUGCAGAGGACAGGAAGACCGGAAGAAAUACCUGGCGCUUAGAAAGUCAUCUGUCACCCUUCAAGCAGCCUACAGAGGCAUGAAAAUCAGACAGAAGUUAAGAAGGAGUCACCAGUCCGUACUAAUCAUUCAGUCAUAUUAUCGAAUGUUCAGAGAACGGAAAGCUUACUUAAAGCUGGUUGCAGCAACAAAAGUGAUUCAGCGGUGGUAUCGUGCUUCCAGAGAUAGAAAUGCUCAAAUGUAUAAAUACAAAAUGAUGAAGAUUUCUGCUCUCCAAAUCCAGGCGGCUUUCCGGGGGAUGAGAACUAGAGUCCUUUUGAAAAAGAGGCACAUGGCUGCCACCCUCAUUCAAAGGAAUUUUAAAGCUUUUGCUCAGAGACGUAAAUUUGUUUUUCUUAAAUCAGCUGCUGUGACAAUUCAGAGAAAGUAUCGAGCAACAGUACUUUCAAAGCAUCAGCGUGAGAAGUUCCUUACUUUACGUCAAGCAGUGAUUGUAAUCCAGUCUAGCAUCAGAGGCCUGCUUGCUAGGAGAUACGUAAAGCAAAUGCAUCUGGCUGCUGCAGCUAUCCAGGCAACCUUUCGAAUGCACAUAGCCUCCACUCAAUACAGAACAAGGAAGUCCGCUUGUCUCGUAAUACAGCGCCAUUACAGAGCGUACCAAGCAGCUAAGCAAACCCGAGAUUUGUACUUAAAACAGCGUCACUCUGCUCUAAUUCUCCAGGCUGCUUAUAGAGGAAUGAAAGUUAGGCAUGUGUUAAGGAAGAGGCAUGAAGCUGCAGUAGUCAUACAAAGCAACUACAGGAAACUCAGGCAAUGGAAGUCUUACAGAAAUAUUCAGUGGGCAGUCAGGCUCGUACAGGGAAGGGUCAGAGCCAACCGGGAGAGCAAAAUGGCAGCCCAGCGAUAUUCUUCCAUUCAGAAAGCUGCCAUCUGCAUUCAGAAAGCUUUUCGCAGGAUGAAGGCGAGAAACCAAAGAAGGCAGGAGGCUGCUAUCUUGCUUCAGCGGAAUUUUAAAAUGCAAAGAGCACGUAAAGAUUACCUUGCCUUAAAAGCGGCUGCCAUAUCUCUCCAGAGAAAGUACCGAGCAUUGAUUGUGAUGAGAAGACAAGCUAAAGAAUAUGCUUCUGUUCGAGCAAAAAUUAUCUGUGUGCAGUCUUUCUAUAGAGGCUUUAAAGUACGGAAAGAAGUCAAGCGCCAGCAUUCAGCAGCAACACUCAUUCAGGCAACCUUUAGAAUGCAUAAAGUUAAACUAGCUUAUCGGAAACUCAGAUACGCUGCUAUUACCAUGCAGAGGUUCUAUCGAUCACAUUUACAGGAGAAACAUCAAAAGGCACAUCAGGCCAUUCCGAAAUCUGUAAUAAGUCAGGUGACUCGCAGAGGAACAAAAAUACAGCCGGAAUUGGACCCCAUGCAUAUUUCGGCAACCGUCAUCCAGUCUCUUUAUCUGAUGUAUGUACAGCAAAAGCAUUACGAAUUGAUAUGCCGGGCUGUGAUAACUAUUCAGUCUGCCUAUCGAGGAAUGAUAGCACGCAAAGAAACAAAGAGAAUGCGUGCAGCAAGAAACGGGCAGUUGUGCCAUAUGGCUGUGAAUGAUCGAAUUGAAGCUGUUGAAUCAAAGACUCAGUGCCACUCAAAUGAAGCCAGAGAGCAACGCCAGAAAUAUUGGAAAGCUGCAGUUUUAAUACAACAACAUUACCGAUCUUACCUGACUGUGAAACAUCAAUCAGUGGUUUAUUUUCAAACACAUAAGAGAAUAAUUCUUUUGCAAGCUACAGUAAGAGGUUUCAUUGAACGACAGAGGUUUGCCAGAAUAAAAAGAAGUACAAUAAAAAUACAGAGCUGGUAUCGAGGAAACCGGCAGAGGAUGAAAUUCCUGCAAUAUCGUGAGAAAAUUAUUAUAAUACAAAGAAUGGUGAGAAGAUGGAUUAGCCACAGAAAUAUAAAUACAGGUGGAAUUCCAAAAGACGUAAACCCCCAAAUUGUUAGCAUUGGAGUAACUAAAUUUCAAGCACUGUGGAGAGGAUAUUCUUGGAGGAAGAAGACUGAUACUCCAGAAACCAGAUCUCUGCGAGACAGUUUGAUCGUUGCCAAUAAAGAAAGCAAAGAAGAGAAGAAGCUGUAUAACAGAACUGCAGUUGCCAUUGAUUACCUUCUUAAAUAUAAACAUUUUUCUUAUAUUCUGGCAGCUCUGAAGGAUCUGGAGGUUGUUACAAGAUUGUCUCCUGUUUGCUGUGAAAAUAUGGCCCAAAGUAGAGCAGUCGGCACUAUUUUUACUCUGAUACGGAGCUGCAACAGGAGCCUCCCUAGUAUGGAUGUUAUUAAAUAUUCUGUCCAAGUCUUGCUUAAUUUAUCAAAGUAUGAAAGGACGACUGAUGCUGUUUAUUCAGUGGAAAAUUCAGUCGAAACAUUGUUGGAUCUACUUCAGAUUUACCGGGAAAGGCCUGGGGAUAAAACUUCAGAAAAAAGUGGUAGCAUUUUCACCAAGACCUGCUGCUUAUUUGCUCAUCUCUCGAAGGACUCAAGAAGAGCUUCUGAGAUUCUAAACAAUCAUAAAACAGUUGCUGGCCUUCGAAGUUUAUUUAAACUUACAGCCCGUAAACAUCAAAUGGAUGUCCAACGGAUGCGGGCCAAACAAAAAAAAGUUGCAUACAUGAAUGGACAGAGUUCCGUUCCGCUAAAAACAAAAAUAGUUACAAGGCAGAGGCCGGAUUGGGAUUUAAGGAAAGAUAACAUCAAAGAGAUUGUUGAUCCAUUGCAAGCCAUUGAGAUGGUAGUAAACACACUUGGAAUUUCCUGCAAUUGAAACACGAAAGAGUUUAUAAUUAUGACAUUUUCAGAAAGAAAUGGACUGGACUUCUUUUAUCAAUAUACAUAUUAUGCAUUUGUUUUAUAAAGCUUGUUUACCUGAGUCUGAACUCCUGUCAUUUAAAAUAAACUUCUUACUGAUAUUUAUCUGCAAAUGAUAAAAAUCUCAAAUAUUACUUUUAUAUAAUUUAGAGCUAAGAAAAGUAUAUACUUCGUACAAUAUAAUGAAAUUGUUAUUUUAUAGAAUAAAACUGAAAAACUAAGCUUGUUAGUUAAGGUAUAUUUCUUUUGCUUUAGAAAGACAUUUGAAACAAAUACUAACAGCUUAAUAGCAUAAAAUAAGCUUGUAAAACUCGUUUAAGGCUGAGGGUUUGUCUGUGGGAAAUGUUAUUCUAAAGAACUGAACAGGAUUAUUGAAAGACAAUACCAGAAAAAA